AUGGCCGACUCCUCAUCCUCAAGUCUGAAAGGCGGCGGAGGCGGGAGCAGGUCGCGCCGCUCUUGGACCGUGUCUGCUGCCGAUUCAGAUAUAUUGGAGAACUCGAGUCGGAGUAAUGGCCGCUCCUCAAUUGAAUCCUUAGAAAGGCCCAAAACACAGGCCGGAGAGACUCCGGAUUCCGCAAAGGCUGGCUCCAGCGGUUUCUCUAAGCUCCUCAAGUCCCGGCGCCGGCGGAAGGAGAAGAACAACCAGAAACAGACCGACGAACCCCCGGUGCCCGAGAUCAUCACCGAACAAGAACUACGAGAAACUCCUUCCAAUACAUCCAACGGGGGUACUUCGGUAGCUGUGUCGUCAGCUACUUCGUCCAACAACAGCUCCGGCCCGCCGGAGGGCGAGGUCAUCCAGUUAUUGACCGAUGAUUCCGAACCCGACAAAACUCCACCGCUGACCACACGUAACUCACACACCGGUUUCUAUACCUCCUCCUCCCCGCUCAUCAAUACCACGUCAGUAGAUUCCGCUGCGGAAACUGAGGGUACACAAGAGGAUGUCACGUCAGCGAUCAGUGACCCAAGCGCAACCGGAUCAGAUUCAGCACAGAGCGAAAACCCACGGAGGCCGCGCGCCCAAACGAGUAUGACUUUGGACGUUCCAGAUUCCAGCAGCAAGAAACGCAGUGUUUCACCCGGGCGACGAUUGAAAGAAGCAUUCAGCGCGACAGAUAAAGACAAAAAGAACACAACCGAAGACACAGACGCGUCGUCAUCCAAGUCCGGGGGUAGCAAGAGUGGGAAGGGUCUUUUUGGGGGCCGACGUAGCAGUCUGUCUUCCAGACGAGCGCAAACUCAGGCCUCCCAAGAGACCCCUCCACCUGUCCCCAGCCCCAUUCGUACAGAUGUAUGGAAUAUGGACAAUAAGGAGGACAAGGAGGAUAAGCCACGCUCUUUGCAAGCAAGCCCGUUGCCGAACACCCCUCCGCAUACAGCUAUUCCCAUCCCGACGCCAGCUACAACUGUAACUCCACCUACUCCAACGGAACACCGCCCACUCAAUGCCCAAAUAACGGCUGAAGCUAUGACGGACUCGCCUGAGUCAAUCACUGGCCGAAAUUCCAUGUCUUCGGCCGAUGUCACCGUGAGCCCUUCAGGAAACAUGAUAUCGCAUCGCCGGGUGCGCUCUGCAUCUGCAGCUCACACCCCGAGCAAGCUCUCCACUUCCAUGUCAGCCUUAACUCCCCUAGAAGAAGCAAAAACCCCAAAAAGCGGAGGGAGUCAACAAAGUGGAUUUUUCUCAUCGAUGUUUUCCGCCGCCCAAAAUGCGGCAUCCUCUUUCACUAAUACUAUCAAUGCCCCGCCAAAGAGCCGACCCCUCUCCCAGCCAUCCUCGGCUGGUAUUGAUGGCACACAGAAAGGAAAUGAUAAUGAAGAACAAGAGAACGUUCUGGAGAAAGCGAACAGCAGCGAAGACGGGAAACCAGCUGCUGUGGACACUCUAGGGACUGGAGAUCUCAACUUCAGCCAUUUGGACAUCGAUACGCAGCCAGGCGAAGUGGUUUCAAAUGCCGAUGGCGUUCUUGUCACAAAGCUAGGAAGUCCGCUUGAUAGGCGCAAGAACACGGCCGUGUAUCGGCGCGAUGAGGAGGCGUCGAAGCUGGAAGACCAACGUGCCACGCGUGCCGUGAACAUGGCGUACGAAAGGCCUCUUGACGCAUCGGUACUAGGAUCGCCUGGUGAGGAUGCCAUCGAGUCACAAUCUACCAUCUCCCUCCCAAGGGAUGGCCUCAUGAGUGGGGAUCGCACCCCUCCAAGUGGAAGUGUCAUUGAUGGCGACUUUGGAAGUGGCGGUAUUAGGCGCACUGGCAGUGUGCGUAGUCGACUCGCGCGCCGUCACCGAGGUUCAUCUGGAGCUACCGCUUCAACAAUUGGGGCCAUUGGAGCUAGUGCCAUCAAUCUGGGCGUUCCUGGCGUCAACUCAAGUGUGCCUCGACUGACAGGCUUCGCGGUUGCGAGCAAAAAGCGCAACAGAGACUUCCAUCAAUUGUUCCGCAGCGUGCCCGAGGAUGAUUACUUGAUUGAGGACUACAGCUGUGCAUUACAGCGUGAGAUCAUUCUGGCCGGUCGUAUCUACAUCUCGGAGGGCCAUAUUUGCUUUUCCAGUAACAUUCUUGGCUGGGUGACCACACUUGUCAUCAGCUUUGAUGAAGUGGUGGCCAUCGAAAAAGAAAACACAGCUAUGGUCUUCCCAAAUGCCAUUGCUAUCCAGACACUUCAUGCUCGCCAUACGUUUAGGAGUCUGCUUAGUCGUGAAUCUACCUAUGAUCUGAUGGUCAACAUUUGGAAAAUCAAUCACCCCUCUCUCAAAAGCUCUGUGAAUGGAACCAGAGUGACAAAUGGAACUGGUGACAAGACUGAGAAAGUUGGUGAAGGUGAAGCCGAAAGCGACAGCGAGAGCGAUGUCUCGGACGAAGAUGAAGUCUACGACGAAGAUGAAGAGGGGGAUCACGCCGAGAACUUCUUUGAGGCCGGUGCUAGCGCUAAUGCCAGUGAAAAGUCCUUGCCAUUGAAAACUGGCUUGAGUCGGCAACCUUCGGGCCUAUCUGGAAAGGGAGCAUCUCCAUCUGGGGCAAACUCCGGCGCGGACGCCAAGAAUGGGGACAAGGCGGCUUCCAAAGAGGCUGACUUCCCUGGUCCAGCUACUCACGCUCCUACCGAAUACACGAAUCCUGAUGGACAAUACGAAAAAGUCAUCAAGGACGAACUUAUUCCGGCCCCCCUUGGAAAGGUUUACUCGCUGGUCUUUGGACCUUCGUCAGGGGAUUUCAUGACCAAGUUCCUCGUGGACAAUCAGAAGUCUGGUGAACUCCAGUUUGAAGGAACCGCGAAAGGUCUUACUAAUGAAAGCCGAGUCCGAAAGUAUUCAUACAUCAAGCCUCUCAAUGCGCCCAUUGGUCCAAAGCAAACCAAGUGUAUCAGUACCGAGAACCUGGACUUUUUGGAUUUGGAAAAGGCCGUUCUCGUCACGCUGAGCACGCAGACUCCUGAUGUUCCCAGUGGAAACGUCUUUGCUUGCAAGACAAAAUACCUUUUCACGUGGGCACCAGGUAAUCAAACGCGGUUCCUGAUGACGUGUACUAUCGAGUGGACGGGCAAGAGUUGGCUGAAAGGUCCGAUCGAAAAAGGUGCUAUCGAUGGUCAAACGACCUUCGGUAAUGAGCUAGUCAAAGCAUUGAAGGCCGGUGUUGUCCCCCGUGGACGGACUGCUGGUGGUGGGCGAUCAAAGGGUCGUCGCAAGAAGGGCGAUGCCGGAGCUCGCGAGUCAUCCGAGGCGGCAUCAAACAAGCUGGGAGGUGAUUCCACCGGGGGCCAAUCCGAGUCCUGGGGUCUCCUUGAGCCAAUUCGCCCCAUCUUAGAGCCAUUUACAAGCAUGUUGAAACCCCUGUGGAGCGGGAACAUCGCAAUCUUGCUCGUUGGCCUCCUCAUAUACCUCGCAUUCUUCCGAACACCAUCUACCCCAUCUAUGAUUGGACACCAUCCGGCUCACCAUGGGCUUAGCCUCCCGCAAAGACUAGCAGCAUAUGACGAAAUGUGGCGGCGCGAGGAAAGCGAGCUGUGGAACUGGCUGGAGGAUCGAGUGGGCAUGGAUGGCAUGGUUUUCCCUGCCCUUCACCACAGAAUGCCUGCGCCCACCCACAAAGCCCCUCGCGUGAAUGUCGCAGACGAACUAGAUCUCAUUGACCGGCUUCGUGAGGAGAAGGUUUCAGAUCGGGAGAUGGACCAUGCUAUCCGGACUACACGACAAAGACUUGACAUCCUUGAGGAGAUGAUGAACAAUCGCAGAGCGGACCGGGAUCCACAAGAACCCCUUCGCUCUGAAUUGUGA